AUGGGUUCAAAUAGUCCAAGUAAUCAGGCAAGUAGUGGUAUUUCACAUCGUAAUUCAAAUGUUGGUUCAAGUAACAGGUUAACUAGCGGUUCAAGUGUUACUUCGCGUCGUAUUUUAAAUGUUGGUUCAAGUAACUGGUUAAGUAGUGGUUCAUGUAGUAUUUUACAUCGUAAUUCAAACGUUGGUUCAAAUAAUGGGUCAUAUGGGUCAAGUAGUGGUUCAGGUGCAACAAUUUAUAGAUUUAAAUCAACUAUUGGAGCAAUCAAAGACUAUGAAAAACCUCACCCUCCAUUAAAUGGUAAAAAAGAUCCAGGCACAAUUAGACCAAUCAAUAUUUCUAUAAACCAAAUUAAUUAA